GAGGGGCGAGCCGGGCCGGGCCGGACCGGGCGGGAGCGGGGCUCCUGCCAGCCAGGAGGGGCAGGAUGAACGUGGGAACGGCGCACAGCGAGGUGAACCCCAACACGCGGGUGAUGAACAGCCGCGGCAUCUGGCUGUCCUACGUGCUGGGCAUCGGGCUGCUGCACGUCGUGCUCCUCAGCAUCCCCUUCUUCAGCGUCCCCGUGGUCUGGACUCUCACCAACAUCAUCCACAACCUGAGCAUGUACAUCUUCCUGCACACCGUGAAGGGAACCCCCUUCGAGACCCCGGACCAGGGCAAGGCCCGGCUGCUCACGCACUGGGAGCAGAUGGAUUAUGGAGUCCAGUUCACCGCGUCCCGCAAGUUCCUCACCAUCAUGCCCAUCGUCCUGUAUUUUCUAACCAGCUUUUACACCAAGUACGACCGGAUACACUUCAUCAUCAACACCAUCUCCCUCAUGAGCGUCCUGAUCCCCAAACUGCCUCAGUUCCACGGAGUGCGGAUCUUUGGCAUCAACAAGUACUGAGCGGCGUGGCCGGAGCGGAUGGCGGAGGAGCGGGGCCCAGGGGGGAUUCUUCCCUCCAGCCCCCUUUCCUCCCCCCACACAGACUGGGAUGUGGUUUGGCAGCGGCUGUUUAAAGGCAGAUCCCAAGAGACACAUUCCGCAUGCUGGAUCCUCGUGCCCAAUAAAUCCAAACCAGCUCCAGAGUAGAGUUUAGUGCGGAGCAGGACGUGCGACACCGGAUUUCUCUUCUCCCAGGGUCAUCAGUAAAUGCAAAACCACUGAGACUUUGAGGUACAACAAGGAUGAAUUCUGGGAAGAGUCUCAUCUAUUCCAGACAUGGAAUGACGAGGAUAGGGAUGAGGGGGAAAGCUUUUAGUGCUGGUACUAUUGCUGUGGUAAAUGCACUUUAAAAUACAUUUCCCUUCCUGAAGCUGGGUGCUUUGAGCAGAACGUGAGGGAAAUCCAAAGGGAUACAGCCAGACUUUCCCAGGACUGGAUGGUUUUGGGGUCUGAUUUCCAGUUUUAGGUGGGAAGUGGGAGGGGGAAGUGAACGACAGAUUUUUAUUUUGCAAUCGUUGACACCACUAAGAAGGGAAAUUCUUUUCCUAAAAACAGCACAGGAUGAAGUGACCUGCAGUUUGACAAAGCUUUUGAUUUCCUACAUCAGCAUCCAUGUGGUCCAGGGAAAAGGUGGAUAGAUCCAAAAUCAUGCUUCUUACUUUCAGUUUAUACCCAAAUCUGCCCAGGUAACUCCUCUCCCACCCCAAACUGCUGUUUUUAAGUGCACAGGGGCUCAGUGGGCAUUUGGAUCAAGGGCUGGGGGCAGGUGAUUUCAUGACUGACACCAAAUGCCAUGGAGCUCCUUGGAGCAUGGACAUGGACAGGUGUGGGAGAGGCAGAGAGUGGGCAGUGGGACAGGAGGAAGGCUGAUUGCUCUAAUCAAGCAUGCAGCCAUCCUUGACUUGGAAUUUUUCUCCUCACUUCAGCUCCUUGGUUGCUUAAGUGCGUGUGACUGGGAUUUGCCAGUUCUCCAUGGACUCAAGGGUUGGAUUUCUGGCUUAGCUGGAAAUCUGUCCCUCAGCUCCAUGCCCAGGGGCUGUGUGAGCAGCAGCACCAGCAGCAGAUGAAUUGACCAGCAAAGGAGACAAUUUGUCACUGAUAGUAGAUCCUGUCACAGAGGAACAAAAUUAAGCCUUUUUCCUCUAAAAUUACCACCUAAAUAAAGCAGGCUUAGGUUUCCUGGCUGAGACAGCUUUUGCUGUUUUACUGAAAAUCAGAAUGACCUGAUUUGCCUUUGGGUUGUGUCCCAGAUGGAAUGGGUUUUCCCUCACUCUUCCCCUGUAACCCCAUAAAAACCUAUAUUUUUGUUGUCUUAGUGCUUAUAUCGUCUCACCUUUUUUGACAAUUGUAUAAAUCUUUUAAAUCUGCAAUUUUUUUUUUGUCCUUGCAGUAGCAAAUCCAGCUUUAGAGGCCGUGGUGGAGAGUGUUGAGGUUUUGGAUGGUCUGAGCAUAGGAUAUGGAAGGGGGAAUUUUUAGAUCUGUUACUACUCCAUGCAUAAUUUUAGCCAAGUUGCUUCACUUCUCUCACAGACUUCCUUUGGGACUGCUACAGGGAAGGGAAAAUAUGGAGUGUAUCUCAAAGGUCUGCUGGAAUGCAGGGAGAAUCAUCCCCUAAAGUGUUUGGGAAGUGGAAAUCCAAGUGAAAAGGAAGUUUUCAAGCAGGUAGAAGGAGAAGAGAAUCUGGCUGGAGACCCCAGGGAAUUGACAGAUGUGCAAUUUCCUUGAUGGGCAGUUUAAACCUUCAAACCUAGGAUAGAAGGGCUGCUGCUUUAGCUGAGGUACUCUCUACCCUAAUCGGCUCUUUAAGCUACUAGACAAUGAUAAUUGUGAUAAAAAUAGAGAUAUUUCAUCAAUCAGCUGGGAAAUGACACAGACAUGGGCAGUACUCCUGCAGGAGGGGCAGGUCCUGGCAGGGUGCCUGAGGCUGGAGCUGAAAUUCUGAUUGUGGUGCUGAACAGACCUGAGUGUCUGCGCAGACACCACUUCCAUCUCCAGGGGAAAUGAAAGAAAACUAAUUAUUGUCAUAGAAAACAUGGGGAAAACCAUCUUUUUUUUGCAACAGAAACAGCCUCUAGAUGCUUUCAGACAUGACUUCUCACAGACAGACAUAUGCUGGGUAUUUCUAAGCAUAUGCACAUCACAGAUUUGUAAAUUUAGAAUAAUUAUCAAUUGAAAGGAUCAGCUUUUUUUUUUUUAUGAGAUACAGCAAUAACACAGCUGUGGGUUUGAACACUUGUGUGGUCACUGACACUAUCUGACUCUGUUUCCUUAAAUUAAAGAUCAGCUGGGACUCAGAAUGGGAUUAUAAACUUCUCAAACAAGCAGGUUCUAAAGCAUAAAGCCCCAAACUUGUAAUUAAGACUCUGCUUAGCAACAAAAGUAAAUAUUUUUUGAUUUCUCUCCUUCACACAAAUGAUCAAAACAGCCAAUGGCAGAGACACUCUUCACAACACAGGUGUGGCAUUUUUCCAUGGAAUAACUGACAUUAAUUUGGACUCAGUUAAUCCAGUCAAGGGAAACAUAAAUGAAAACAUAAGUAAUAUGGAAAGAAGCAAGUUGAAGAAAGAUUUCACGUUCUAUUGUGGUGAGUUAAGUAUCUUUAUAUUAUUAAUAAGUAUUUGAACAAUUGCACAUUGGGUAGUAUCUUCCUUAAGAUCCCAAUGUAAGGGUAGGUGUCAGGAUCAAUCAAAAAUAAAAAACAGGAAUUGUAAUUAAACCACCAUUUUUGGGUGUGCCCGAGGCAGUCUGAAGUGAAAGGACAGCGUGAGCAGCUUGAGGGGUGAUCAGACAUGUCCUGGAAGGGGACAGAUCAAGGGUGAAUCCACAUUGUGGGAGGAGAAACGAAACAUUAACAGAUGUGGUGAUGCAGGGAGGAGAUAAAAGAUUGUUACUGAUUUUAAAUGGGAUUCUGAUCACAUCACACUUGACAGAUUCC